GAGCCCCCUCCCCAGUGGGUGGCUGCCAUUAGCGGCAGGGCAGGGUGGGGCAGGGGGUGGCGAGCAGCGGAGGUAAUUAAAGCACUUGUUUAAUUGAACACUCUAUGAUUUAUGGGGCCAUAAAAUCUGUCUCUCCACUUACUGACCAAGGCCUAGCAUGUAAGCAAUUGCCUAAUGGAUGCUCCUUUCCAGGGGGGCGAUAGGACACUUAGCUGAGCUGGAAGCCUCAUUGUGAAGCCGCCCCCCCCAUCCUUCCCAUCACACAAGGGGGGUCCUCCCUGGGCACUUGAUCUGCCCAGAGCCAGGGCAGGCCAGGAGGGCAUUCCUCCUCCCCAUGUGUCUCCCCUGGGUGAAGGUUGAGAGAGCAGUUGGGAAGCAGUAUGGGGCGCACACAGUGACUUGGAUCCCAUGUUUUGAGCUGUGCUGGGAAGGUGAAGGCAGCAUUGGCAGCGGAGGCAGGAGCAGCUCAGAAGGCCGGUCACCAGCCUGUCAGCUGAAAGAGGGGGAAGGGGGCGAGGCAGGGCAAGAUGCUGGCAGGAAGCAAGGCAGCAAGGGAUGUUUCUUCCCAGAGGCAUGGCUCCUGCGCUCCUCAGUUCAGGGCACCCAUUCAGGGUCACCCUCGAUAGCCUUCUCACUUUGGGAACAUGAAGGUGACCAACUAAGCCCUGGCUUCAUUUGAAAUCAGACUUACAAAAUUCCUUUUUGGUGCUAGAGCUCAGCUGCGUGACUUGUGGAAUAAAACACCAAAGUGCUCUGAACAUGUGCAGAGUGCCUUUUCCAUCACCACAGCCCUGCAGGCUGGUGGGAGUUGGCUUUUAUGUCAGAGGGUGUGACUGACUUCCGGACCAGCAUGGGUUCUCAGCCCUUCUCACAAGCUUGAGUUCUCACAAGCCCUUUCUUUCAGAAACAAAAUACUGAUAGAAAGUGCCCAUCAAUCUGACAACUUCCUUGGGGAGACAGGAGGUCUCUGCAAACGGCCCCACCCUGCAAUCCCUGGAUGCAGUGCAUUAUUCCCCGGUGAGGUGGGGGCCAAACAUUCAGGGCCAGGACACAUACGGCAGGAGGCCUGGGCGGAAGUGCCUGGCAUGACUUUCCAAAUCCCCCGCCUGCCCACCCCAACAUAGCGGGGGGGGGGACCCUUUUUCUCCAGCUUGAGCUGCUUCACAAUUAUCAGUUGGCACAACCGUGUCCAUCUUGCUCCCAAACCAAAUCUGAAGAUGGGAAAGAAAGAAAACCGCCAGUUAUCUGGCAGUGGGGGCAGCCCUGGAGCGUUUUGUGGGGGCAGGUUCUGGGGACACAACCCAUUGUCACCACCACACUCCUUCCUUCCACUUUUCUUCCGUCAGCAGGUCCCUGGUAUUUUAUUUUUGAAUGAAAUGAAACUCUUCUUUUGCAAUGAACAGGUCUUACACAAAACAGUUGUAUUAAAAAUAAACUGCCCUGGCAGAUACAGGAGGCAGGGAGGGCAAAGGGGAAGGAAGGGGCAGCCAUUCACGUGAGCAACUCCAAAUCCUUGGCUGGCUUUGAAGGACACACACAUCUCAUACCAUAUUUUUUACUGCUGUUUUGUGCAAAUCUGGAACAUUGGAAAACAUAUAUUUGAAACGGGGGGCAGGGAUUUAAAGCUGCUUUCUCACAAAUAAACACAUGCUUGCAUGCUUCUGAUGGGUUGGGAAGUACUAAUCCAGGAGAGGGGGCAACACACAGCAGGGAUGCAUCCCAUAAAGAGCGCCUUGCCCCAUCCAGACCAGCACAUACCUUUAAAGGCCUGCCCCAUGCGGUGGAAGGGAACCCCGCAGGCAAGAAGGCCCCACCAGAGAGGCUGUUUCCACACCGGACCUCUUCAAUGGAAUCCUUUGCUCACUCUUUCUUUGAGGAGAAUCUAGAUGCUGCCCUUGCCAAAUCAUUACCCUCCACUGUUUUGCUCAGCAGAAUCCUCUCUUCUCUGGUGUUGCUGUUCUGGGGCUCUCCUGACCCCCGAGAGCCCAUUUGGAGGGGACGUGGGAAACACACAGAGCAAGGAAUGGCGCUGCUGGAUGCUAUAGGACUCGGUGAAGCCAUCCGUGGCCCCAUCUCAGCUCCUUCGUUGGAGCAGAAGCAAGCUCCGUCUCACGGUGUGUGUGUGCUUCCCAUGUGUGACAACAGUUCAGAUGAGAAGGGGGGGCAUUUCUGGCCAACUUCCCUGAGGUCUCUUGGGUGCCUUCCAGCCAAACCUUCCCCAGCAUCUCGACUCCUGGCAAUCGUUCCCCAGAACAUGGGGCAGCUUCUCCACCUCCCCCCCCCCACUGUCCUAGAUGAGCAGAUUCCAAGAGGAUCCAGCCCUGACCAAGGCGGACGGAAACUCCCACUGGCCAUGCUCCAGGAUUUCAAGUGCUGCGAAAAUGUCCUUUGAUGAUAAAUCUUGCCAAGCCCCCAAGACAGCCACAGAUCUUGUGCUUUUAAUUGCACACUCCAUCAAUCCUUCCGCCAGGGUGGUAUAAAUGGAGGCUACUUCACCCGUGAAGGGUGAUUAUCUUUUAUGAGUGCCGGAGCUCCAUAACUCAGGGAUGGCAAAGAGCAAGAGUCAUACUCUCUGGGGUCUUACUGGGCUGGGGUUUCCAUGGUGGCCCUUCUGACCACGUCUCAGCCAGGAUCUCCAGCCAAAUCCUGCACCACCUUGAGGCCAGGAUGGGGCCAGGCCAGCAGCACCAAGCAGGCAGGGUUAGCCCCUGCCAAGGCAGCCCAGUCUCCAAAGGGCCUCUGCAGCUGCCCAAUGGCCUCUUGCUGCUUCCAGCAGAGAAGAAGCCCCGUCCCUGCAUGGGAGCAGCCAGUCAGGGCAGUCCAAAACACAAUGUGGGCUGGGUAUACGCUAGCCUGUUUGUAGUUCAAAAAUGAACGUUUUCUUAAUCCAGAAUCAUUUGUGCUCAUCCUCAGCAUGCCACAGUUGAUUCAAUACCCUGCCCAGUCCACAAGGGUGGCACCACACACACACACCCCAAGUCUGGAAGCUUAAAGCUUGGGUCGUGUAAAAUGUAGUAACUUCUAAAAUGGCUAUUGCAGUAAAGUGAUUUUUCGGUGGGGGGUGUGAAUACAGCUGUUUGCCAAGCAGCAUCAAGCUGACCCACCCAGUGUGAAGUGCAGAAGCACCAGAGGAAGCAGCAUCUCAGCAACCCUUUAGCAAAGAAGAUCCAUCUUAUGCAGAUUCCAAGUGGGGUCUUUCUGAGGCCCACUCCUGCCUGGAGAAAAGAGAGGGGCAUUUUGCACUGGGGGGCUCCCUGGCAGCAGCGGGAGCAGCAGCAGCUGCUGCGUUCUGCUUCCUGGGCUGCUGCACAUGUGCAUUUGCAGUUAAUUUGUGGGCCUCUGAAAGUUCCUCAAGAUCUCACUGCUUCCACUGCAGCAGCAGCAGCAGCAGUGGCAGACUGCACCUGGCACUGGGUGGCCAAGGGGUGGGGAAGCAGACUGAUGGAUUGUUGACCAUUCCAAUUUUGCCAGCAGUAAUUUAAAGAAAUUAAAACAACUCCAUUGGAGAUUAACAUGGUAAAUAGCAUGUCCAAGUUUGUUUCUGGAUGCAGCAGAGGUACCAACAGGGUGGAACAAGGUGGCCAGCUUCAACCUUUUCUCCUUUUGCGGAAGCAGAGACACCCUGGAGGCUGAACAAAGUGGCCUUUGGCCUGGAGGACUGGUCAAAGUGCUGGGGUUGUAACUGGGGCGGGGUUUGGCUGGCAGGCUGUGUGGGCAAGGGUGAAAGUAUUGGAUUUGCCAGGGCCAGCGCAUGGUUGGCAGCAAAGUGCCUGAACCCAGGCUCUGAAAAGAGGUUAUGGGGGCAGUGGACCUGCAGAAAGGCAAAAGGUUAUUGGGAAAUGAUUUAUAAUGGUUAAAAAAGAAGUUUAAAGUGAUGAUUCCCCAGAAACCUGAGGCCUUUCUGCUAGGUAUAACUGGACCAGAGCUUUGUUUAUGUAUACUAUGUUAGUGGCAGGAAUAGUCUACAUGCAAAAAUGGAAAGAAGAAUUCCCAGCCAAAGAAGAAUUGUUCAUGAAGAUGAUGGAAUAUGCUGAGGUGGCUAGACCAUCUGUGAGAAUUGGAGAACCGAAUGAAGAAAAAUUUCUUGAAGAAUGGAAAUAUUUUGUGGAAUAUUUCAAAAAAUAUCAUGGUUAUGUUAAAACAUAUGCAGGAUUUGAAGUACAGCAGCAGAUAAGAAUUGCAGCUUAAUAAUUUAUAAUUAUUAACGUACAUAAUUGGCAAAAUACAAGUAAUAUAGCAACUGCUGGUUGUUUAAAAGAAUUUGUAAAAUUUGAAAAGCUAAUAAAAACUGUUUAAAAAAGGGAAAUGGAUUAUGGGAUUCAAUACCUGGUUCAAAGAUGCUUUGCAGUGAGGUGCAGAGCUCCUCUAGGAUGUCACACGGUAGGAGAAGCCCGGAGGAAGAAGCAGGCUCUGUGGAGAGACGUGGCGGCUGGCCUGGCGGGCCAAGGGGGGAGGUUGGCUUUGGCAUAUGGCAGCAAGAGAGCGGCCCCAUUUCCAGGUGAGGCUUCAAAGAAAUGGACGGGAAAGCAGCAGAUUCCUCCUCCUUGACGGGGACACCCACAUGACGCACCUUGUCAGUCACAUCCACAAGGUCAGGGGAAGCCAACUAAGGCACAGAAGCCCCCUUGGUCUUGUCUCGCUUCCUCUUCCACCCCCAGUGGUCAGUGCUCCAUAAAAUCCACAUGGAAUGCUUUUGCCCCUCCUUCCCCUGCAAUGCUGCUGCUUUGGAUGGGGUACAUUUGGGGGCUGCCAUUGCAGUGAAGCAGCCCACUGGUGGGGACCCAGCCAGCUGAUGAUGAUUACCACCUCUUAACUGGCACAUUAAAUGCAUUGCAGGCAUUAGAGUUUUUGCUCUGCUCUCUACUUAAGAAUAACAAAGUCACUUGACCUUUCAGCAGCCACCACAAUAGGCAAGGAAGCGACUUUUUGACAAAUGCACUUUGUAAUGGUCUCUGGUCUUCUUCAUGCGGCUGUUGGAACAGUUAAUAUCUCAUGUCACAGAUGCAGACAGACUGAGGCUCAUGAUUAAUUUAACUUGCCAAUUAAUCACCCCCAAAUGGGCUGUUUUGUCACCUCUUCCUAAUGGGAAGAUGUUGAUGCCUCCUGGUGAAUCUGUGGAGAGGCUCUUGGCUGGUGAUCAACUGGUGCUGUCCCAGCACAGCUUUCCAGGAAGGACCAAGAGAAAGGGGGGGGGGAAUUCCCUCAAAGAAACACAAGCAGGUAGGGGAGAGCAAUUGCUGCACAGUUCCACACGGACACCUCUGGGAUGACCGGGAACUUUUGCCCUACGUAGCAUCCUGGUGCUUAAUCUGAGUCACAAAUGGGUUCCACAGCCUGUUUCAGAUGCCAGGGCUCAAGCCUAGAAUAAAGUGCCUCUGAGCUAAUGCAGAGAGCAUUUCUUUGCUCCCAUUUGGGAGUUAUUAGAAUCAGCACCAGCAGGCCCACCAUCUGGCCACAGGGCGAAGAUUUGCACAUUGAAGUCUGGGGAGGUGAGGGCUGCAGUCCCACUUCUCUCUCUCUUUUGCCUGACCAGCACGUGUGCUGUUGAACAUGGUGACACACACACCUUUCGUGGGAACUGCAUGGCUUAACUGCAGUGGCCCCCAGAACUGAUGGGGAGAGGCAGGAUUGAGAGGGAGGUAUCUGCCUGCAGACUCCAGCAUUCGCUGACCCUCCUUGCUGUGCCUACCAUGGCACCCUGAAGCUAGGCAAAAUCUCACUUGGCACUCAGCCAGGGUUGUGUGUCUUUCAGAAAUUAGCCACCUUGGAGACUGCGGUUUCUUUAAGAGAUACGGUUUCUUUACAUGUAUUUACAACCUGUGUCUAGGUGGUGAGAGUUCAGAGCAUUCGCCUAUCCAGAGCGGCUUGCUUCCUGCAGGAGAGCAACACUGGUUUCCAAGCACAGCAAAAAGUCAUCCUUGGCGACUCUUUGUUCCAGCCUGUUAUCCCCAGCUCACGUAGAAUUCUGUCCCUGCUUCUAUGGCAGCUUCCCUUAAUACCUCAACUAUUGAGUUAUUCCUGACCUUCGCUAAAUCUAAGAAGGUGCAUCUACCCCCCCCCAAAAAAAAUUAGUAUAACUCAAGGCGUAGGAGAACAGAAGCCAAGGAGGCUUCUCCAGCUGCCCACCUGCCUUCUUGCAUCUUGCUUCUGCCCUUCCAACAUUCAGGAGCCUUGGAUCCCGAGGGUGUCCCGGGUUGGGAGGCCCUUCCUGCUCUUGACUGACUCUUUGCUUGCCUCCACAGUCAGCUGGGACGUCUUGAAUUAAAGCGGUGCAUUAUCACAGCCGCCACGAACCACCAUGAGCUGGGUGGGCUCAAGAGCCGGAGCACGGCAUGGCACAAGCCUCGUAAGUGCCCGAGUGCCACUCAGUCUCAGCUGGCAGCCUCAUUUAACUUUUAUUGACAAUUAAUACCAUGGGAAGGAGCAUCACUGUUGUGUCAGGGAAACAUAAUGUUGCUUUAUGGCCUCAUCAAUUAGAUGUUUCUGGAAACAACAGAACUUUGGGCCCUGAGCCAGCCCUCCUCUCUGUAGCAACCACUGCCACCUCCCAAUCUCAGAGCCACAGACCAGGCAGACAAACGAAGAUCUCCUUCCCACUGCAAAGAGGCAGCAUGGAUGGCAGCAGAGAGCAGCACCACUCUGGGGAUCCCAAAAUAGCAAGUGGUUCUCUUCUCCCUGCCCCACUGGCAUCCCAGAGGCAAAGCCUUGGCUGGUUUCGAGGGGGGUGCCAGGCUUCCCCAGAGCGCCCAGGUAGCACACCAGCCUUGGAGUGGAGCGAAGCAGCUAAACAACCACUUAAAAUUUGCUUGCAAGAAGAAACCUGACCCUGAAGGGAGGUGAAGCAGUCCCAGUGCAAAACACCCUCCCCAACCUCUUCAUACCGCGCCCACCUGGCUGGGUUGCCCCAAAGAAGCUUUCCAUUUUGCUCCUGUUAGUUUCUGUCUCUUGGGGAAGGCAGGGGUGAUAACAACAACAACAACAACAACAACAACAACAACUUUUAUUUGUAUCCUGCCCUCCCCAGCUGAGACUGGGCUCAGGGCAGCUAACAUCAAAUAUAUAACAUUGGUAUAAAAUCAAACAAUAAUUAAAUUACCUCCUAAAAACAAGUCAGGAUCAAAUUAAAAUCUAAUUAGGUGGCUUUCCUCAGGAUUAGGGUUGGGAACAGUAAAUGCUCAUCAGGCCCAACUGUUUACGCUGUUCUUAUAUGGGCCUGUGAGAAUGCUGGGAGGCUUCUUUCAUACUAGUUCUUAUACAAAGAGAGAAGGGGAGUCAGGUUGAGCCCUGACCAAAGACCCUGCGGAAAGAUGUCAGAUCCCACAGGGCCCUGGCCUCUUGUGGCAGAGCGUUCUACCAGGCUGGGGCCACGGCCAAAAAGCCCUUGGCCUA